AUCUGCGCGCCACACCUUGCUAGCAAAGCAUAAAUUAUCAAUUUGGUUGACACCAUAGUUACCGCAUAUUAUUGGGCUGCUGCUUGCUGCUGAGGGAGCUUUGUUUCAAGAUGGCACGCCUGGAGCUGGAGUUGGAGGCAGCAGUGCUGGGCCCUGACCUCGCUCGCUUCGUUGUGGACAUGGUGGUGGCCCGAGAUGUCAUUACCCCGUUCAGCCGUGAGCUGACGCCAACCCCGAUCGAGCGGACGAAGCAGGUCAAGGAUGCGAUUCUCAAAGUGCAAAGGCGCCUGUACAAGCAGGGCAUCGUGGAGCAGGACACGGCCAAGGCCACCGCAGCACUAAGCGUUCUCAAGUGGCUUGCGCACCGCCUGGAGCGGACUGAAUGGAACGAGCAGCGGCCAGGCUCGUGGCCCCACUACUACCUGCGCCUGGACAAGGGCGCCGAAGGCGAACCGGCUGUGUCCGGCGGGCUCAAAGACGGCACCUUCCGGAAGAAUCUCAAGGCCCUGGCGUUGAAGCACCUUGGCCUAGCCGCCCCGCCGCAGAGCCCGUCGCCGCCGGUCGGCGGCUGCGGCGGCGGUGGAGCGCAGCCUCCGCCACCGCCGGCGGCCGCGCAGCCGGCGGCGGCGGGCCUGCCGCCGCCAACGGGGCCCCUCGACCUGGACACGCUGCGGAACGACCGCAACAAGCUGCGGGAGGUGCUGGACCAGCGGCGCCGUGCGGAAGACGCCGCGGCCGCGACGGUGAUGGGCACCUUCAGCCGCCGGCUGAUGCGCAUCUGCGAGAGCGCUGUGGGCAUGCUGCAGCGUGUCGCCGGCAGCGAGGACGAUGACCACGGCGCCCUGGACAUUGCCCGCAUCGUCCGCGUCUUCGAGGCGGUGCGGAAGUCAACGGUGCAGCUGGGCAAGGACCAGACGUUCGCCAUGUUGGGGCCUCACAGCAUCGGCAAGAGCACCGCGCUGAGUGUGCAGAUCCUGCGCCACAUGGACCUGAGCGCCUACGCCGCAGACCCCUACCCCAACGACCUGGUGCGCCUGCUGCCCGCACUGGAGCACAUGAUGGCGACCUACACCGUGGGCGCCAGCGAUGAGUACGACGAGGACCUGCUGCUGGAGCUGGCCACGGACCCAGCCGAGAUGCUGGUGGUCAACAUGCCGCCUGACUACGCCGCCGACGUGGCCGAGAAGGAGUACAAGCGUUCGCUGGGCAUCCUCAAGCGCUAUGGCGAGGACUGCAAGCUAUCGGGCCUGCGCACGCUGCUGCCCAGCAUGCUGCCUCACGGCCAGGGCACGACCCAGGUCGCCACGUGCUACAGCUUCUACUCGUACGGCCUCAUGGUCGCGGACCUGAUGACGGUGGAGCAGGUCCAGGACAAGGCCUCGGCGUUCAUCAAGCACCUGGCCAUGGUCUUCCGGCAGGCGGCGCGAGACGGCGGAGCAGGUUCCGCCAAGGCCAGGUGGUCCAGGAUGGGCGACAAUGGCAAGCCGGAAUGGUACAAUGAGUGCGUUGGUGAGAACGACGAAGACGCAGAUGAGGAGUCGGAGGAGCUGGAGGACGGCGAGGUUCAGACAGUGGAGAAGAUUAAGCGGAUGAAGGAGGCGGAGCUGGAGGUGUUGCGGGACUGGUACCUGGAGGCCUGCGGCACGCAGCUGCCGUGGGAUGCGGACAAGACCACCGGCAUCCCCUUCAUCGGCACUGACAAAGACAAGGUGCCGGUGCGGCUGGCGAGACUGCUGCGCGACCGGAGGUUCAUCAGCUGCUGCGGACCCAAGGCGCCUCCGCCGGCGGCGGCGGACCAGACGGCGGCGGCUGAGGAGGAGCAGCAGCAGCAGCAGCAGCCCAAGCCCGGUUGCCAGGUGCUGCUGUGGCUGGCUGACAUCCAAGUGCUGCUCAACAACCUCAGCGGCAUCGACCAGUACAAGGCCGCGGCCGAGCGCAUCAAGAGCUGCCUGCCGACGGAGCUGUCGGGUGUGGAGGACUGGGCGCACCUGAUGGCCGUGCUCAAGAUGCCCGUGCGCAUCUUCUACCCCUCGCUGAGCCUGGCCGCCGUGGGCGGGCUUGAGGACCUGCCCGGCGCAGGUGCUGAGGAGGCACACGACAGCGUGAGCUCUCAGGCGCUCACCGAUCGCAUUACCACGGCCUUCCUGGUCUCGUCGAAAGGCCUGAACGUGGACAAGGGAACCAAGGCGGUUGUCAUGCAGAGCUUCGUGCCGGCCAUGGUGACCACUGCGGCCGACAACCUGGCCGCAGCAAUGCAAGCGGCGGCGGCGCAGCCUGCAGCUGCAGCAGGUGGCUCGGCGGCGGCCGUGGCAGCGGCAACGUCGCCCUUUCGGGCACCCCUGCCGGAUCGCAAGGUGGUCUUGGUGCAUAUGCCGGAGAAGGAGAUCUUGGUUGAAGGCGGCGAGCGCGCUUCAGCCUGUUACCUGCAGCAGCGCUUCGAGGCAUUCCAGAAGGUGGACAAGCACUUCAUCGACCGCAACGUCGCGGCCUGGGACAAAGCCCAGCAGAGCGCCGCUAGAACUGCGUGGAAAAACUGGAAGGAUAAGUGGCUGGAGCAGCAGGCGGGGGCAGCAGCAGCCAGCUUGAAGUUCGGCCCGGAUGAGAGAAAGCUCGUGCUGGAAAAGGUGACCAGGCCGCCUUCCGACAAGUACUACCCUCUGCUCGAGUACUCCCUCUCGCACAACCCGCACCUGUGCGGCAGGCUGCAGCAGGUUCGGGAGGAGGCUGCCGCGGCGUCGGCGUCGCCGUCCUCGGGCGGCGCCGGCGCCACUUCUCAUCAGCUGCCAAGUGUGGAUGAACUGGUCGAGUACUGCAACUCGCAGUUCGUGCUGCGGCAGCUGGUGGCGGCGUCUAAGGGGCAGCUGGACGGCUGGGUGGACGAGCUCCUGCUGGAGCUGGAUCAGCAGGAGGACACGGACCUGGACCUGGAUAAGCUCCUGCGCGAGUACGCGGACAGGCCACUGCCGCCCAUCCUGUCUAAAAGCAAGAGGCCCACCCGCGAGCAGGCUGAGAUGUUCACCGGCCCCGCGGCGAAGGCGUCCGAAGCCCUGGUAUUCCAGCUCCAGAGCCGCCUCAAGGAGAGGGCCAGCGCGUGGACCACCGCAAUCAAGCACGCGGUGCCCAGCGCCGACAUCUUGGCGGCCGCAGUGGGCGCGUGGGCUGACAAGCACAAGACCAAGGUGGCGGACCCGGUCACGUUCCUGCAGCCGGCGCACGCCGGGCGCCACCCCGACGCCAACCUGUACAACGUGCUGUUGGGCCUGUGCAAGGGCAUGAAGGACGAGAUCGCCAAGAUUGAGCGCGACAUGAAGGCCGACAUCCUGGAGUUCACAAACAAGGCGGCGAACGUGCUGACGCAGUCCGCUGUCGGGUACUUCCAGGAUUGCAUGGGCAUGGACAACGAGGUGAGGGCGCAGAUGCAGGCCUUGCUGGGCAACAAGCUGCAGGACGCGGUGCAGCGGCUGCUGGAAAGGACGCUGCAGGGCAAGCUGGGGACGGUGGCGGAGACCCUGGGCCGGCGCCUCCGGGAUGCCCUGACCGAUGAGAUGACGAGGAUGCUGGGCAAGCUGCUGCGCAGCCUGGAGGCGUCACCAGAUGAGCAGGCGGCUGAAGAGGUGGGCAGCAAGCGCCCGCUUGACGGAGCGAGGCGGCCCGUGGCCAAGCGCGUCAAAGACUUCCUGCGCCACAGCGCCAAGGGCGCCCCUGGCAUGCUGCGGCGCGUGUCGAUGGCGGUGGUGGAGGCGGUGGACAGCCUGGUGGGUAACGUGCUGGACACCGUGGAGACAGUGGCAAUGCAGCCGUCCAAGAAGGGGGGCGCUGCUCGUAACGCGCGCAUCAGCAAGAAGGACCGCGGCCAGUUCCAGACGGUCAUGUUCCAGGUGGUCAAGUACUGCAGCGACAGGCGCCACGCGAAGAACCCGCACGCCAAGACGACGAAGGAGCGCCUGGAUUACUACAAGGGCUUGCUGAAGGCGCUGAAGGCUGACGUGAUGGCCAUGGGCGAGGAGCUGGAGCCCGUGGUGGUGCUGACCCGGCAGCCGCCCGUGCGCCUGCUGGACCCAGGCCUGGACCAGGCAAUGCUGGAGCAGGACCGCGUCACCGCAACGCCGCUGGGCCCGAGCCAGGCGGCGGGCUUGGAGUGGCUCUUCACGCAGAUGAGCAAGCGCGACAAGCCACUCGCUGCUGCUGACGCCGGCGGUGCGCGCGCGUGCAAGUGCAACAGCGGCGCACCCAACAAGGCGCUGGACACCGGCGUCCUGUCUGGCCUGCGGCUGCGGCGCGUGGGCGUGUCGCCUCGUGGCGACCGCCUGUGCAGUGCGCUGCUGGUGGCCCUCACCGGCGAUAAGACCACGCCGGGGCCGCAGCAGCUGCGCCUGGAGCUGCGCCGCCAGGCUGUGGAGGCGAGCCUGAGCCUCGCGGCCACCAAUGCCGAGUUCCACGCCGCCAUGGCCGCACAGCUGACGGCGGGCGGCAGCGCGAGCGCCGACCUGCACCAAUGGGCCUUCGACAAGGAGAAGGAGGGCGCUGUCGUCGACUAUCCGCUGCUGCAGGGCAUCGUGCAAGCCAUGAACAUCCGCCUGCUGAUCUUCGUCGCGCCAGCUGCAACGGAGGGCACCCCGGCGACGACGCCGGCGCCUUCGCGCCAGAGCCAGCAAGUCCCCGCGACUGCAGGCACCACCACAACGCCCGCAACUGGCCGCACCACGACAACCGCCAAACGCAGGCGGAGCGCGGCCGCUGAUGCGGCUGGAGCCGCGAGCCCUGAUGCGCUCCAGUCGCCGGCGGCCAAGCGCCCGCCAGCGCCAUCAGCGCCGCCGCCGCCGGGCCCCCACGUGUUCCUGAUGGAGCCCCUGGGGCCGGCGGUUAACGAGGUGCUGCCCAUGUUCGCCAUCGCUCUGGUGCGGUCGAAGGGCAAGAAGCACCGGCUCAACCACAUCGAGGCAGUGAUGCCCAUGCCGCCGAUGCCGACGGGCCCCGGUGGCGCCACCAGCAGCGAUGCGGCCGCGGUGGGCCCUGGCGGCAGCAGCGGCGGCAGUGAGGCGGGCCCCAGCAACGCCGGAGAUGACGACCAAGUCAUGACAGACGUGCUGCAGCAGCCGCAGGCGGCCGCAGGCGAGGACAGCGGCGACGAGAGCAGCGGUGGCGGGCCCGGCAUGGCGGACAGCGACGACGAAACCGACACCGACACCGACCGUGAGGGUGCUGGCGGCGGCGGUGGUGCCGCGGCCGGCCCCAACGGCGCGGAGUUCUUGACGGAGCGGACGGUGUGGCUGGUCAUCGACCAGAGCAUCGAGAACGCCGACCUCAACGACGUGCGCCAGCUGGUAGCCGCCGUGAACAGCUCGCGGCGGGGCGUGGCGGGCGCGACUCCAGUGAAGCUGCUCGUGGGCGUCUCCUGCUCCUAUGCGGACUACGUGGCAACCUGGGAUGGCACGCUGCGGUGCCAGGAGCCCAAGCAGAAGGUCGCCGAGCAGCUGCACGAGGUGUUCUACCCUGCGGCGGGCGGGCCGCGGGUGGUGCGGCGCAUGUGCAGCCUGAGCUCGGAGGAGAUCCAGGAGCUCAUGCGCGUGCCCUCACCCGGCACUGGACAGCGCAUUCAGCUGCACGAGAGCCUGCUGGUGGCGCGGCAGAUCCUGCACGACAACUACCGCCGGCCCAACGCGCGCAUGCUGCUGCUGCGGCACCGGCCGCUGGAGGAGGAGCUGGACGGCGGCGACAGGAGCAGGAUGGUCGCCAUUGCGCAGAACUUCCAGCCGACGGACGGCGCCUGGAUCCACGUGGCGCCGCUGCGGAGCGUGCUGCCCGUGCUGCGGGGCUGCGGCGACGCCGCUGCGGCGGCACUGUGGGCGUGGCUGGACGCGCGGCAGGGCGCGCAGGGCCAGGUCCUGAGCCUGGACCGCCACGACUACUGGAUCAAGCCGCUGGAGUAGUAGGUGUGGUAUGCGGUGGCCGGGAGGCGUGGCUGGGCGACGCAUGCGGGGGCUUGCCGCUGUCGCGACUGCGGCAGCCGGUGUGGGCGGGGGCCGGGCGGGUGGCGAGCGGAAUGCGGCAGGGGCCAGGGGUGGGACUGAGACGCCGGUUGGCGAGCCGAGCAAUGUUUACCGGACUGAGACCAGUGAAAGCGAGCACGGCAUGGCUAGCAGCCCAGGCGCGCGGUUGUGAUCAGCAGGGCAGGGUGAGAGAAUGGCGGCGAAGGAAUGCCGGCAGCGUUACUGCACACGUGAUGAUUUGACGGAAUGAGACGGAGACAAGACUCGCGUUACUGAGGAUCGACGUUGACCAGCUGUACUACGGAGAUGGACAAAUACACGCGCACGGUGGUGGCAUCAGCUGCACUGUAGGAGUGCGAUGCAGAGACGCGCACCGGCACGACGGACAAGAGAGAGAAAGAGAAGGGAGAGCAUGCAGUCGGGGGUGGCAUAGCGGUAUAAUUCAUGUUGGAGCCUUGAGGCACACGGGCGGUAGUGGGCACGCAUUAGAUGCACAUCUGCUACCGUAAGCUUGCGGUAAAUCACGGCGCGCAGCUGUGUGCGUCAGUUGCGUGCAUGCGCCAGCUGCGUGUUGUUUUGGGGGUUGCAUCGUGGUGUUACUGGUAGGACGGCGUGCGGACGGAGUUGCUGUUGGUUUGAUGGUACUGGUAUGCGGUAUGCCGUGGAACGUCCAUGCGGGGGCUGGCUCGGCAUGGAUCGUGCAGGAUCGGUUGUGCAAGUGGGGGCGCUUAGCCCACGGGCUAGGGGUGUGCCGUGUGCGACCUGCGACUGCAUGCGUGCUUCCAGAGGCUUGCGCCCCCGGGGCAUUGAUGUCCGCCUGAUAGGCGUGUCGCGGCUGAUUGUAGGGAAUCGGGUCCCCGGUUGGGGCCGGUGCAUGGCAAAAGUGCGGUGGUGCUGUUUUGUUGGGUGCCAGGCCUCAAUGGGCUGUGGGCUGGCUGUGGCUGGAGUGCGAUGCUGGACUGGCACAAGCAAUAGCCGCGUUCGCGUCUUGCCACUCGGCCGCCUCCGAUAACGACCUGCCUCUAGCUUGUCUUUGAGGAGGCUUUACUUGCCGGCAGCUGCAUGCGUGGUGCUCAUGAUCCCGGGUUUUCGCCCGCGGGGCGUGUGCGUGUUCCGCGGGGUUGCUUCUGGUUGAGGGGGAUCGGCUCCCCGGUUGGACAGGGCGGCGGAAGUGCGGUGUGGUGCUGCUGUGCACUGGGGUCUGUCAGGCCUAGGCCUGCUGCGCCCUGGUGUUCGCGAUACUUGCAUUGUUUGUGCUGAUGACUUACAGGACGGAGUUGAUGACUCACCGGGCGGACUUGUGUGUUUGACUGUACCGAGCAGGGUUGUUGAAAUGGCUCCGGGAGGCAGCAAGACCAGGCCUCCAUGCUUCAAGUGCACAUGCACGCUCGGAGCUGUUGCAUCUCCAUCUGUAAGCCCGCGCUCAU